AUGCCGUACAGUUCACCUUUGACCACCGAUCAGCCAGCACAGCCAAUUCUACCUGCCCUGGCAAAUAAUUCAGUUCUCCUCCCGGCAUACCUCUUUAAUUACUAUUACCUUUCGCCACGAGAACAUACCAGCAAUCGGCAACCAACAAUGCCAUCCCUAUAUACCGCACAGUCAAAAGACACGCUUGAAAAGGUUUUCGGCGACCGCUUCCCAGAGGCCCGCAUCAUAGUAUUUGAUGGACUCCGUUCGGACAGCAAUCACUUAUCACAGACAGGAUGGGUCUGGCGGGCAGCGGAUGACCUGCUUCAGCUCUUAAAAGAGGAGGUGGGGUUGCUGGAAAAGUCCAUCUAUAGGAGUCCCAUCUUGUUUCUGGCAGAGAAUGUAGGAGGGAUCGUGUUGAAGCAGGCUCUCAUCGAAGCCAUGAGAGACUGGCGCUAUCAAGACUUUGUCUGGAGAACUACAAGCUUGUUCUUUUUCGGCACCCUGCAUCGGGUUGACAUCAACUCCUCAAUUGACAAGCAGUUCAUGCGGCUGGUUCUAGCCACAGAAGAAGAGAUUCCUGAUCCUCUCAUCUUCAUUGCGGAGUCAACAGCAGCCUUCCCAUCAGUGAGCGCGCAAUUCUCACAACUGCUGUCCAUGUUUUCUGUUGUCAACUUCAUUGAGGACGAUGAAAAAGUAUCGGUGGUUGGAAAGUUCUCGUCAACCUUUGGUCAUGCCGCCGAGAGUAACGUAGCUGCCAAUUGUAGCUAUCAAGAGUUGUGGCACUUUGCACCUGGCGACCCGAAGACUGACAGGCUCUGGGGGCUAAUCCAAAGCAGGAUGAAAAGCGAAGGUGAGUACAACCACCGUAUGCAGAUGUGA